GAACACUCGUACGUUAAAUGUAGAGUGUUACGAAUAUAACGGAAGUUUGGAGAUAGACUUGGAGUUGCAGCCACCAAAAAUAGGACAAAGAGUUUCCAGGUUUAGGUGUAUUGACACUUUAUUAUUCUUACAGCACAACUUGAUGUUACCACAGCUACGGGGUCAGUGUCGUCCUUGAUGGUUUGACAGGUGCGUGACAGUUCAGCUCCCAGCAUGUACGCCAAGGGGAAAGGAUCAACGGUACCAUCAGACGCUCAAGCAAGAGAAAAAUUAGCACUAUAUGUAUAUGAAUAUUUGUUACACGUUGGAGCACAGAAAAGUGCACAGACGUUUUUAUCAGAGAUACGAUGGGAAAAGAACAUAACAUUAGGAGAACCACCUGGGUUUCUACAUUCCUGGUGGUGUGUAUUUUGGGAUUUAUAUUGUGCAGCUCCAGAACGAAGGGACACAUGUGAUCAUUCUAGUGAAGCCAAAGCAUUUCAUGAUUAUGGUUUUGUAAAUUCAGGGUAUGGUGUCAAUGGCAUGGCACACAAUCCAGCAGCACAGAGUCCGUUAGGACAAAUGCCCCCACAGGAUGGAAUGCCACCAGGGGGGCCAAUGCCUCCUGGUUUUUUCCCUCCGCCAGCAUCACAGCCGUCCCCCCAUUCACAGCCUCCUCACCCCCCUAUGAUGGGGCCAAAUCAACCAUUUAUGUCCCCACGAUAUCCAGGUGGCCCACGAGGGCCUGGGCCAGUGCGGAUGCCACCAAAUGAUUUUAAUCCACCCGGAGGAGGGGGAGGUCAAAUUCCAAUGAACAGUAUGGAUUCUCGGCCAGGUCAUCCUGGAAUGGGACCAAUGGGUCCACGAAUGGGACAUCCUGGGUCACGGAUGCCAGGUCCAAUGAAUCCUUAUGAUUCAAUGCCUAAUUAUGGAAUGAGAGGACCACCACCAAACAGUAUGGGACCUGGUCCAGGUCCAGGGGGAAUGCCACCAAUGUCAAUGCCUGGUGGAGCAGGAAAUCGGUGGCCACCAACAACAUCAUCAAUAAAUUACUCAUCAGCAUCACCGGGUAGUUAUAAUGGCCCAGGAGCACCAGGUACACCUAUCAUGCCAAGUCCACAGGGGUCACAAGGACCAUUUUCACCUGCCAGCCACCAGCGUAUGGGUUCCAGACCAGGUGAUUACUAUAACGACAGUAUGCAGGAUGAUGUUGAACCCCAAAAGAUGCUCUGUUUAGACUCUACAAAUUCAGGUGAUGGAAUGUACAGUAUGAUGAAAGGAGGUAUGCCAGGCAUGCCAGGGCAUUUUCCAGGGAUGGGACCAGGAGGACCCGAUGGUAGCUUAGGGAUGGGUCCUGAAAUGAGUGUGAUGAAUGGUGAUAUAGAUGGAAUGAAAAAUUCUCCAGUAAAUGGUCCAGGAACGCCGCGGGAUGAUUUACCUCCUGUAAGUGGGACGGGCGAUAUGGGUGCAUAUAAUCUAGCAUACCAAGAUAAUGUAUGGCUUGAUUCCCAGUAGUAGGCGCAGUUCAAUCGACAUUGCUCAGACAGCUCUUAUCUCGUUCUAAAAAUAGAUCUGAUGAAAGAAUUUCUUUCUUUUGUACUAAUCUGAUUGUAAAUUGAUGAUAUUGUUUUAUUUAUUGUAUGUUACUGUAUAUACGGUGUUUUGUCUGUGUGUAUGACUCUUUAACCAUCACAAUACAUGCUUCAUUUUCACCAACGGCUACCUAAUCUCUUUGCAUGCCAGAUCUCAAAUAGCUUCUUUCUGUCAUAACUAUUGCUUGUCAUUUUAAGUUUGUUUUUCCUCUUUUUAUAUUUUUGACUCAUUUAGUUUCUUUAUUUACUUAUAUUGCUUAAUCUGAAUAAAGACAGAAUAUAAUCAAACAAUCUUGAUGGAUAACGCUAGGUGUGGAUUCAAGAUGACAUAGUGGACUAAUACGGAGUGGAGUGGAUUAGAGGGUGUUUUUAGUAGAUGAAGUUUUGGAUCCACACCUAUUACAUGAAAUUGUUGCCCAGUGUUUUCUUGUAUGGUCGUCAGUUCUUUGAAUGCUGAUCCAAAUCGCACAUGUUUACAUCACAAAAAUGAGCAUGUCUGCACCUAAGAGAAAGUUGAUUAGAAAGAGAAGGGUGCUGGUUUCUCUCAAGUCAGUCAAGCAUGUCAAUUGAAGCACCAACUAAUAUACAUCUCUCAUCCUAAUCCAAAGUCAUCUGAAAAUUCUCACUUUCAAAUCAUCCAGUAUACUGUCUUUCUUCUGGUAUAUUUUAUAGCAUGACUUAACGUCUGUAGAAAUCAUUUGUUGUCAGCAUGCCAAAGUAAGACAGGUGAUAAUUUUUUAAAACUUUCACAUACCUGUCAAAAAAAAACUUUAAAUUAUUCAAAAAUUAGAUAUCAGUAGGGGAGUACACUGUUUUUUUUAUCAAAAUUUGCACAUUUGGUCACAGUUUUAUUGAUGGGUGCACUCGAUUCAACCUGCUAUAAGGUGCAUUUGACAGGUGUGUGGGACCUCAAUGAUAGAUCUGUUGUACCUUUGCAGGAACACAAUGAAUCUGCUGCAAUCCUAAAGAUAAAAGAAUCUAUGCAGGAAGAGGCAAAACGAUUUGAAAAAGACGAUCACCCAGAAUAUAACUUUAUGGCACCAUGAUAAAAAAAAAUCUCGCGUAGAAUUGUUAACAAUAGUCAUGUAAAUUAUAAUUGUUAUUUAUAAUUUUUUUUGUACACAUAUGACAUUUUAUCAGUCGCGUUAAGCAUGCAUUUCUUUCUCAGAACUGUAUGUGUUUGGGUUGGGGGGAAAUAUGAUAUCUCUAUGGUGCUGUUCCAUUUAUCAUUUGCUACAUAAUUGGAUGGUUUUACUAAAGAUGGGAGCCUAGUACACAUCAUUCCAGUACGAACAAAAAAACUCAUGUUUAAAAUCAAAUAAGUCAAAAUUAACACCUGUUCUUGUGAUUUGGAAAUUUUUUAUUUGAACCAUUUUAUUUUCUAGUCGUUAGCGCCUGAUUGUCGUGCCUAACCAUGAACGCUUUUGUUUAAGUGCUAUUCUCCUUGUUUUUAUACACUUUAUAUUAAAUCAUAUUUUUCAGAACUGCCAAAUUUCAUUGGUGUAUGGUUUGUAGGGUGCUUUUGUUUGAAUUUCUUGGUGCAAGAAAAAAAAAUGCAUUUUAUAACUCAUAAAACUACUCAUUUUUUACAAAUUAUUUCGCUCCUUAUCUUGGUCAAAUCUUGCAUUGUAAGCAAAGGGUAAAAGGUUUCAUAAAAGAGGACAAGAUUGAAUUUGUCAGGUUAUUUUAAGGGUACAUCAGGAUUGUUUGAACAAGGAAUAGUCUUUUAAGCCAAAGCUGCCUUUAUGUUAUAUCAUUUUAGCUUGUAGAAAGCUAAUUAUGUCUUUUGCUUUAGUAUUAACAUGAUUUAACAGAAUUUUAUACUCAUUUUCUUCCUUUUUUGUUAAUCUGCAUGACCAUUUUGAUGAUGAAGCCCUUCAUUUCAUGGGCUUUGUGUAAAAAUGAUGGACAUGUGAAAAAAAAAUGGGUAUGAUGCAAAAAAAAGAAAAUAAUCAUUAUUUCCAGCUGAUUACUUAAAAGUUUGGAAAGUGUGAAUGUUUUGAAAUUAGAUGUCAAGACAUAAAACCACAGAUAUUAAUUGCUAUUUGUUAAAAUAUAUUUCUAACUACUAUAUGAUAGUCUUUCCACUUUUUACAGCUUUCCUUUUUACUAAUAUGCCAUUUGAUGGCCAUCUUCACACUUGGCUUUUGGCUUAGAGAUUAUUCUUAGGUUUGCACAUCCUAAAAAUGGUAUAAACCAGGGAAAUAGUACAAUCUUCCCAAUACAAAUGUUUUAUGGAGAAUAGUGACUUAAAGUAGAAAAAGAUAACAGGGGAGACAUUUUUUUAGUCAAUUAAAGUGUCUAAGAAAAUUACCUAGAAAAUAUUUUGAGAUUAAAAGGGUUUUUAGAGGGGCAUACGUAAUCAAAAAAAAAAUGUUUCUGUCCUUUUGUGAGUGUGUUGUCUCUUUGACACAUUCCUCAUUUCCAUUAUCAAUUUGAUUGUUAUUUUACAUUUAACUUGUACAAUAUUUUCCUGGUUUAUCCCGAUCUGCACCUCAAGUAGACUUGAUUAUAAGAUUAUAUUGUGUUGUACUUUAUCCAUGGUGUUGUUUCCUCCCAAUGGAACUAAAGAAUAUAAAGGGAGAUAAUCGUGUAAAGAAAGAUAAUCAUGGCCAAAUUCUAUUGGUGUCAUUUCUGAAAAGGUAAGUCCAGAUUCUCAUGAUUUCAGAUGCAAUUGAGAACUAAUUAAGAGAAAGAAAUUAGCUUUGAAAUUUGACGAACUAGUGCUUCAGAUCAAAUUUGUCAAAUAACAUUGCAAAAACAAUCAUGAAUUUUUAUAUCAUUUUCACUAACUGAUUGUUUUGAAAAUUUUAACUUUAGGCCAUAAAAUUUACACAUGUAGGAAACCACCAUGGAUAAAAGUAAUUAAACAGAAAGAGAAUAUUUUGUACUUUAUUAAUCUUAUUUACUGUCAGGAAUUUGUAAAAGAUUUCAAGAUAUUUAUUUCUUGUGCAGCCUUCUUUGCAAAGACCUCUCAGUCUUGUACACAUUUUCUUUUGAGUGCAAAUUAUUUUUCAGAUUGUUGCUGGGCUAUUUAAAAAUAAUUUUGAUAUGUAACUUGUAAGCUGUUGAUGUAAACAUGAUAGCUGUUGGUGUCCAUCGUGAAAGCUGCAGAUGUUCAUUUUGAUAGUUCAAUGUUGAGAUCAAAGUUGACAGCCGAUGACAGCUGUUGAGGUCAAAGUUCGUCAAAACAGAAGUUAGAUUAAGGCUCUUCAACUGAAUCAGCUGACUUAUUUUUAUUUCAACAGCUUUUUAAAUAGUCCAUGUAACAAUCAGAAAUAGAUUUGACCUCUUAACGAAACUAAUUAUAAUAAUAAGAUACAUAUUUUUGUAGUUUUCGCAAUUGACCAAAACUGCUUUCUUACUAAUGAUGUUUAAUAUUUAUCUUGGAAAUCUUAUACUAUCUGUACUUCUUAUUCCAAACCACAGCUCUUGAUAUUUUUGUUUAAUCUGUGGGUUCAACAUUGUAGCCAAUUUUUGUAAACGAUCUGUGGUUGUGAUUCAAAUGUGGGGAAAUCAUAAAUAUGUCAUUAAUCUUAACUGGUACAAUUGUUUAUAUGAAAUCAUUAAAUUUCAAAAAUGUGUUGUAAUUUUGAAUAUUGGUAUCUCAUUUUGGCAUAAUAUUUUUUUUCUGUUAUAUUUGUUUCAAAACCAAAGACUUAAGUUCUUUACUUUAAGCUGUGCUAGUUUAGGAAUCUCAACAAGGACGUUUUUAUUUCUUUAAAGCCUUUAAACUUUUUAUAAUAAUGCAAAUCCUUAAUUUACUUUUAGGGCACCCAAUCAACUUCUGGGUUUGACAUUCACUUGUUUAUAAUUCACCUUUUCAUUUUUACGUGACCUAAAGACAAUUUAUUAAGUUGUACUGAUCUUGGUUGCAGUUUUCUUUUGUUUAGGUUGUAAGGAUUUUUCAUAUUUACAUUUAUGUAUUGAACAUAUGACUUCAUGGAUCAUAUGACUGUCAUCACAUGUGAGAUCUCCCAUGUGACAUUGGUCAUGUGACAUUGGUCAGAUGACUUAACUUGUGUGUCAGAUAACCAUUGUGCGAUUGUAUGAAUAGAAUUUCAUAUUGAGUGUAUUUAUAUUUGUACCAUGGAAAUCAUUCAUCAAAUAGGAAGAAAGUUGUUGUGAUUUAGGGAAUAAAAGAUGAGAGAAUGAAAUUGCAUCGUGUUUAUUUAUAGUAAAAGUCUCAUGUAGUUACAUUUGCAAUACUUGUACAUUCAUGUGAAGUUAAAUGUUCUGAAUUUUUAAAUUUUUUAUAAACAACAUAUGUACAAAUGACAUUUGUGUUACCAUAGUAACUGUAGAUUUGGUGUCAUAUUUGAUUAUGGAAAAAACCAUGUAGACAUUAAAUUUUUGUUGUCCAUUUUUGUAGCAGUAGUGCUGUUUAAAAACUGUGAAGACAGUCAUCCCUGAUAUUUUUCCAAGCAUCGUAUAGGCUUUGGGAAUUGAAAACAAGCACAAUUUGAAAAUAGCAAAUAAUCCAGUUGAACUGCCAUAAUUCAGUUAAACUGCCAAUCUUCAAAAUGUUUAUUUGCGGGAGUUUAAACUUUUCAACAUAUCAGAAAAUUGAUUUUACUUCGGCUAAACUAUAAAUAUAAUUUGGAUGAAUUUUAAAUGAAUCUGUGGAACAGAAUUUUUAUGAUUAAUAUUUCAUGAAGCUUUGUGAUGUUUAUAUCUGUUAAGUUAUGAUAAAGCCUUUACAUUGCCUACAAAUUAUGAAAACAAAAUGUUAAUUUAACGAGCAUUUAUUGUGUUUCUAGAAGGUUGAAGAAAUGAGAAAUUGCCACAUGUUAUUAUUAUACAAAAAAUUAUAAAUCUAGAAAAUGUCCUUAUUUAUUAUUUUCUAGAUUUUCAUCUCUGCUAAAUUGAUAAUAUGCCACAAACAUCAAAUUUUGAUAAUAUAAAGAUAAAUUUCAUGUUAAACCAGGAAACAGUUCAUCUCUAUAUACCGGUUAAUAAAUAUAAUAAUUGUCAAAAAAACUUUCCAACACAUCAUUUUGUAAUGGUUUUAUUAGAAUUGAGGCCUAAAAAUUCAUACCCAAUAUAAUAAUGCCAUAAGAAGACUACCUCAUAUUGAGGGUUUUUCAGCAGUAAAACCUUCAAUUUUAAAUAUUCUGUCAAAUUCCACAUACAGUGAAAUCCACUGCACCAUAGUUUACGCAAAGUCUCUGAAGAGUUGUCUCCCAUUCUUAUUUAUUUUUAGGUCAUAGAAAUGUGAUGAUUGUUUACAUUUAUCAUAGGUUAAUGUUGAUACAAUUGCAGCUAUUAAAAUUAUGCAUUUUGUCAUAAGAAUCAUAAUUCAUGUCAGACAGUUAGAAUAGUUAAAUGACCAAAUUCGCAUCAUUAAAUCUUUAAGUUGUGACCAACGCCAUUUUGUUUGUAUGAAAUCAUUUUUUUUUAUAUAAAAAAUAAACAAAACAUACAAAGCAUAUCAAAUGCAAUUCUGUCAACACUAACUGAUGAUAAAUGAUUUUGUUUAUAUAUAUAUAUUUGUUGAACAAAACUUGUAUUUAUUACUCAUUGUUUAUAGAUCUGCAAUGCUUUGUAAAUUGCCGUAUACAUAUUUUUAUGAACGUCAUUGAUGUAAAGGGAGAUGAAUCAUUGUUUUUCUUUUGUUUAUUUUUCGAAGCCCUCAUCAUCAUCAUCAUAUUUUUUUUUUUCUUUAUGUUUACAAACCACAAACACAUUUCACAAUCAAAAGACAAUUUGGCAAUAUUGUAAUAUAAAAAUCAUUUUACACAGGAGGUCUGUGUUGUAAUGUUGUGUAUCGUGUCAACUGUAGUGAUGAGGGCUCUAUAUAUAUAUAUGAUGUUAAUAAAAUAUCAGAGAGACCAUGCAA